AUGGACAGCUAUCGACGCUAUUAUCAAGAAUAUCCUGCUAUUAUAAAAGCACUGGACGAUAUUAGUGAAGAAGACAGUGAUACACGAUCGACAAAUGCAGAUCCGUCGUUAGACUAUAUAUGUGGUGAAUAUCUUAUAUUAUCGAUUAUUCAACAAAUAACAGACCUUCGUAAUGAACAAACAUUCAGUGAAAUUUAUGAUAAGGCAAACGAAUUUUGUAAUGUAAAUCAUGUCGAUUUAGUACAACAGUAUCGAUCACGUCGAAAGACAGUAGUUCCAGCUAGAUUUCAAGAAUGCUUGAUCGAUUCAACACUUGGACAACGUGAAAUGUUAUCAACAUUAACAGAUUUCAUGAGUCGAAUUUAUUUUCCUCUGAUUGAUUGUAUGCUAACGGAAUUGAAUGACAGAUUUUCAUUAAAGACUUUAUCAUUGAUGAAAAAUAUUUCUACAGUUUAUCCAGAAAAUGAAAACUUUCUGAAUAUUGAUGCUACAGAUGACUUUAGUCGUCAUAUCGAUGGAGAUUCAAGUGAAUUAAAAAGUGAAUUAAAUAUCAUCAAAUCUAUGCAUAUGCGUCAACCUCUCAAUGAUAUUAUUCAAUUUUUGAAUGAAUUACUGCCAAUGUCAACUGCAUUUCCAUAA